CAGCGGCGCCGGAGGCACAGGGCGGGGGAGGAGGAGGAGCGAACCGGACCUAGGGGGCGGCUGCACUGUCUCCGGGAUCCCCAGGCCUGGAGGGGGGGUCUGCGCGCGGCCGGCUGGCUCUGCCCCCCGUCCGGUCUCGAGCGGGCCUCCCUCGGGUCAGCCCGAUGUGACCGGGCCCAGCAGAGCCUGAGCAAGGAGCGGGUCCAUCGCGGAGCCAGAGGGCGGGAGGAACAUGACAUCGCGGAGAUGGUUUCACCCAAAUAUCACUGGUGUGGAGGCAGAAAACCUGCUGUUGACAAGAGGAGUUGAUGGUAGUUUUUUGGCGAGGCCCAGUAAAAGUAACCCCGGAGACUUCACACUUUCUGUUAGGAGAAAUGGAGCAGUCACCCACAUCAAGAUUCAGAACACUGGUGAUUACUAUGACUUGUAUGGAGGGGAGAAGUUUGCCACUUUGGCUGAGUUGGUCCAGUAUUACAUGGAACAUCAUGGGCAAUUAAAAGAGAAGAAUGGAGAUGUUAUUGAGCUGAAAUAUCCUCUGAACUGUGCAGACCCUACCUCUGAAAGGUGGUUUCAUGGACACCUCUCUGGGAAAGAAGCAGAAAAAUUAUUAACUGAGAAAGGAAAACAUGGUAGCUUUCUGGUACGAGAGAGCCAGAGCCACCCUGGAGAUUUUGUUCUCUCUGUCCGAACUGGUGAUGACAAGGGGGAGAGCAAUGAUGGCAAAUCUAAAGUGACCCACGUCAUGAUCCGCUGUCAGGAACUGAAAUAUGAUGUUGGUGGAGGAGAACGGUUUGAUUCUUUGACAGAUCUCGUGGAACAUUACAAGAAGAAUCCUAUGGUAGAAACAUUGGGCACAGUGCUACAACUCAAGCAGCCCCUCAACACAACUCGUAUCAAUGCUGCCGAAAUAGAAAGCCGGGUUCGAGAACUAAGCAAAUUAGCUGAGACCACAGAUAAAGUCAAGCAAGGCUUUUGGGAAGAAUUUGAGACACUACAACAACAGGAGUGCAAACUUCUCUACAGCCGAAAAGAGGGUCAGAGGCAAGAAAAUAAAAACAAAAAUAGAUAUAAAAACAUCCUGCCCUUUGAUCAUACCCGAGUUGUCCUCCACGAUGGUGAUCCCAAUGAGCCUGUUUCAGAUUACAUCAACGCAAAUAUUAUCAUGCCUGAAUUUGAAACCAAGUGCAACAAUUCAAAGCCCAAAAAGAGUUAUAUUGCCACGCAAGGCUGCCUGCAAAACACCGUGAAUGACUUCUGGAGGAUGGUGUUUCAAGAGAACUCCCGAGUGAUCGUCAUGACAACGAAAGAAGUGGAGAGAGGAAAGAGUAAAUGUGUCAAAUACUGGCCUGACGAGUAUGCUCUAAAAGAAUAUGGGGUCAUGCGUGUUAGGAACGUCAAAGAAAGUGCCGCCCAUGACUACACAUUAAGAGAACUUAAGCUUUCUAAGGUUGGACAAGGGAAUACAGAGAGAACCGUCUGGCAAUACCACUUUCGGACCUGGCCGGACCAUGGGGUGCCCAGCGACCCUGGGGGAGUGCUGGACUUCCUGGAGGAAGUCCACCAUAAGCAAGAGAGCAUCAUGGACGCAGGGCCUGUGGUGGUUCACUGCAGUGCUGGAAUUGGCCGGACAGGGACAUUCAUUGUGAUUGACAUUCUGAUUGACAUCAUCAGAGAGAAAGGUGUUGACUGUGACAUUGACGUUCCCAAAACCAUUCAGAUGGUGCGGUCUCAGAGGUCAGGGAUGGUGCAGACAGAAGCACAGUAUCGGUUCAUCUACAUGGCUGUUCAGCAUUAUAUUGAAACACUACAGCGCAGGAUUGAAGAAGAGCAGAAAAGUAAGAGGAAAGGGCACGAAUAUACAAAUAUUAAGUAUUCCCUAACGGACCAGACGAGUGGAGAUCAGAGUCCCCUCCCACCUUGUACCCCAACACCAUCCUGUGCAGAAAUGAGAGAAGAUAAUGCCAGAGUGUAUGAAAACGUGGGUCUGAUGCAACAGCAGAAAAGUUUCAGAUGAGAGGUCCUACCAAGACUUCAGCACAGAAAUCGAUGUGGACUUUCACCAUCCCCCUAAAAGGAUCAAGAACAGCUGCAAGAAGUCUGUGAGGAAACUAGUUUGGAUUUGGGAGGCUUGUGGUGUGGUCGACCACCUUUUGAUAAGCAAAAUUCGAGACCUUUUAAAGACCAUUGUAUUCUAACUCAACAACACCUGAUUACCAACUACUCAUUUCCUCAGAUAUGAAUAAGUCAUCUCUACAAUGUAGACAAUGUUCUAUUUUAUAGAAUUUUAUUUAAAAUUGAAACAGUUAAAUUGUGCUCUAUAUCUUACAGGUGAUGGUGAUUGAAAUUCUACUUGGCAUUUUUAAUUUCUCUUUAUAACCUUAAAAAUUCAAUUACUUUUGUCUUUAUGGGGGAUGAUAGGGUACUUGUAAGAGGAAAAAAUGAUCUGGGAAAGUGAAGCAACAACAUCCUAUAGAAGUGACAACAAUUCCAUUUAUCAUUACUUCUCCAGAGGUGGAUGAUUCAUUUUGAUGGCCUCUUUUUUAUUUGGCUAAAUGAUCAUUAAGCCAGUGCCCCAGACCAUCAGGAGUUGACUGUCUACCUUUGCACUGCCAUUAAAAAAUCAUGGGAAAAGAUGUGAAACUUAGGAUAAAAGGUGUGUUUUCUUUUUAGCAGAUGACCAAUUACCAUUCAGCCUGUUGAUCGCGAAGGUUGUGGUGGGAAAAUGUUUGCCAUAUUUCUUUUUUCAUUUGAGUAAUUGUCUUGUGUUUAGGGGGAGAAAAUGCAUCUGUGGAUAACCAGUGUUUGGUUUUCAGUUGUUGCUGACAAACACCCCAAAACUUAGUGGCUUAAAACAGUAAUUCUUUUGUUUUUCUUCUCACUGUUCUUCAGUCUGGGCUGGACUCUGCUGGGCUGUCACUCUCCUUGUCGUGCUGGUGCCCCUCAGGGUGGUCAGCAGGCUGGCCGAGACUUGGGGAUGGCCGGGCCUAUCUCUCUGCAUGUGGCCCUCAGGUCUUCCCUUCUCCAUGUGGCCUCACCAGCAGGGUAGCUGGACCGCCUACAAGGCAGCUCCCAAGGGUUCAAAGCUGUAGUGGCCAGGCCUUCAUAAGACUUAACCCCAGAACUGUCAACAUCGCUUCUGCCCUCUAUUGACUGAAGUCACGGCCCAGCCCAGAUUCAGGAAGGGCGGAUGCUUGAGGGCAUGAAGUGGAGGUGUGGUUCACUGGGGACCCCAUGUAACAGACUGUCAGAACCAGCACCAUGGGAAAACAGCUAGAGUUAGCAAAAGUGGAAGCUGCUAGUGACCUUGGGAAGCUGAAGCUGCUUAUGGUAGCUGAUGGCAGUGGGAAGUCAGACAGAGAAAUAGGGGCCCCUCAGAAAACUCCCUGUUUGCUGCCUUUGAGCAUGUUUUCUGAACCAUCACUUGGGGAAACUGGUCUCAUAAGGGAGGGUGUGUUUAAGAGAGCAGGGCAUUUGAAAGCAGUAGCGCCCAGUCUCCAGGGCACCUACAGGUGGUGGUGCAUGCCAUGCUCACCUGCCCCUGGUCCAGGCCAGCUCUGUACAUGGACAUGACCAGACUGUGGGGAGAAGGAGGUAUGAACCAGGCUGCUAGUCACAGUGAAUUUCCAGUAGCUCAGUUUUGUUUUAACCAAGCAGUAAGAUUUGCUAACGUUCUACCUGAAGUGCCUUCUCCAAAGACAUCCUCUUUGCCCUGUGUGUUGAAUUAUCAUUCAGUGAGUGUAUUUCAAUUUAAGUAUCAUUGGUUGACUUUGUAAAGGUAACAAAAUGCCACAGCAGCUUUGCUGUUCAGGAUUCUUCCAAAAGGAAGGACUCUAUCCACUCAUGGAAGCAGUUCCUUUCUGAGGUCUUUCCCUCCCUUGAAGCCCUGAGGGAGUUGGGGAGAGCAGUGGCUGCCAUUUUCACAGACAAAAUGUACCUUGACAACCCCUCCUUUUCCAUUGAACUUAGAAAUUGCUUUAGAACACAGGUGUGGCCCGAAGGUAAUUACCUUCUAAGAGGAAUGUAAAUGACUACUGUCUUCUUGUCAAGCCUGUAAAGAAAGAGAUUACAGUUCAGUAUUUUACAAGGAUCUUGGAUCCUGUUAUUUUUAUUGCAUUGCCACAUUGAAUGAUUUUCUAUUUUGCCUUGAUUUUGUGGUAAUGUUUUGACUGUGGACUUUGGGGGCAAAGUUUCACCAGCAUACAAGGGUUUGAUUAUACAGAUGUAUGCUGCGUUAACAUCUCUGCCUAUAGCUUAGGAUCAGUGAUUUUUGCACUUGGAACAGAAACACCUGAUCUUGGCCAGCUUUGUUUGUUGCAGGACAUUGAUUUCAUUUACAUUUCCCUCCACGAAGUCAGCAAACCAUCAUGUUAUAUUAACUUAGGCCAAGACAAGAUUAUGAUAGUCUCUAGGUUGCUAAGGUUUGUCGUGUUCGGUAAAAAGGUGAUUGCAGGUUCUCAGAGGAGAUACUCUAUGCAGGAUGGAAUCAGGCAGAGAGGCAGGCUGUGGAGAUGGGGGAGCUGUAGGUGUGGGAUUUAAAAAAAUAGUGGAAAUGAAAGUUCCAAAGAGGUGGUUUUUGAGGAAGUCAGAGGGCCCAGGGCCAGAACAGUCAAUAGUAGCAGAAUUGGGUUACCUGGAAGAGGAGUGAUAGCUACAUGCAUGCAGUCUUUGUCUGGGUUGCUGGUAGACAUUAAAUUUGCACAAUAUCGCAUAGCUGGCUGAGUAUUUUAAAAUUAUAAGCGUAGGAUUUUAUAUUUGGGAUGACAAAAUUAUCGGGCAUGUGGUAUUUUUUUUUAAGCCAAAUUUCAGAGUCUAAACAGACUUUAAAAAAAUAUAUAAAGACACCUCAUAUCCAGUAUGUGGGCCUCCUGAAAACUAUGGUCAUCUCUCCUGUUGAAGUCAAUGAGUUUCCAAAUGUGGCUAACGGGGAUGAGGAACCAGAUGCCUGACUUUCUUGGUGUGUGCAUUCUCUGUGGAGCCUAGUUGCUUUGGAACAGCCAAGAAAAUCAUCAAAGUUAUUUCUAGGGGUUAUUUUACUGGAGAUUUUAAGAGCUAAUAUAAUGUUCUGGGUUAUUUCUAGUUCAGGAGAGUAUGGAAAAGUCUGCAAUUGUGAAGUGUUUUGUUGUAGCUUAUUAAUCCAAAAGGGAAAUUUAGCCUAUAGCUGUGAGUACAAACCCAGUGCAGUUUUUGUUUAAUGUAUAUUGUUUGGGGAAUAAAGUUUUAUAUAGCAAGCACACGGCCCCCCUGAUUUUCAGAUGCCUUUAUUAGGAUCUGUAUUAGCCCUUCCUUUAGUUGAAAUCUUUUUCCCUCUUCCUCUUGAAAAACAAGAUCCAAAAUGUAGUUUAUUGUAUCUUCCAUCAUUAAAAAGUUUGUUCCUUUUUCCUUAUGUUCACCCAAGGCAAAAAUAUUAAACAGUUGGCUUUAGUGUGUUGUAUAACUUUGCUGUAUAUCAAAUUAAUUUUUACAAGUUUUCAUCCUAAACCUCAAAUCAUGUAAUUAAUAAUUUGCCUGUUUAUUUAUGACUUAAUUGUGAUUCUUUUAUUAAUAAAAGCUAACGGGAAAGGAUCCUUUAUUAAGCUGAUGACUAGACCUACAUUUAAUUUUACUGCAGUAUAUGAAGUAUUGUACCAGAGUAUUAAAAGAUAUGUAAUAUUUUAUUGAUAAAUCUAUCCUUUAAAAGGAGUACGUUUUAGGAUGUCAUCAUUUUGAUGUGAAUCAUGUAAAUGUUGAUAAUAUGCACUGUUUAUUAUACUUUUAGUGUUUCAAGAGAUUCACUUAAUUGCCUUUUGCCCACGUAUAUUAUGUAGUCUAUUUGCAAUUUUUUAAAAAAAUGACAUUAAAAGAAUAGUUUAUGUAGAGAAACAUUAGCGGAUGUUAAUUGUCUCCCCACCUGUAUUUAUGGGUGUUAGUUCAACUGCGUUGCUAGUUGCAAAGCUGUAUUACCAGAGUAAAAAUGUAUUUGUAAACUGUAUGGGAACUAAAAAUUAGGAAUAAAACCAUUUUCUUAUAUUA